AGACAACACGCAGUCAGUCGUCAGCCGCGCCGGGCACCGCUAGAAAACGCGCACUCGCCCCCGGAUGGCGCUCCCUCUCGCAGGCGCAGGCGCGUGGCUCGGUGGCCACCCACUCGGCGCCUCCGCGUCCGCUUUUUUGGCUGGGCACCGACACCAGCCCGCACGACGGGACCAGACCACAGGAGAGGAGGGGAAGAGGGAGGGGAGCCCGACCCGCCAAAAAUAGCAGGGGCAGGGACCGCAGGCGCCGCGACCGAUGGGCGUCAAGCAGGUCCUCGUCCGCCCCCGCUACGGCGACGGCGACGGCGACGACGAUGGCGGUACCAGCAGCAGCAGCAGCACGGGCCGCUGCGAUGAGGAUGUGGUCGACCAGUCGCCGCCGCCCAUGUCGUCCUGCGGCCGCUACCUCCUCCACCGCGUCUGCAGGUUCGACACACUCGCCGGCGUCGCCAUCAAGUACGGCGUCGAGGUGGCGGACGUGAAGCGCGCCAACGGCCUCAACGCCGACCUGCAGAUGUUCGCGCACAAGACUCUCCGGGUCCCGCUCCACGGGAGCCACCAGCCCGCCGCCGCACCACCGUCUCUUCCCUCCUAUUCCCCAAGGAACCACGCCGAUCGCGUCGCCAGAGAAUGGACAACACGCCGCCCUCCCAAAAAUGCCGCUUCCAUGGACCCAUUUCUUAAACCACCACGGAGCACAGUUUCGCCGUCCAUGAGCCUUCUGCAGGGAUACUAUGGCCUUCCACCGACUCCACAGGAGAACCUCACCUACGAAGGCACUGAGAUGGCGACGUACGCUCAAGGUCAUCAUAGGAAGGCUAGAAGCUUAUCGAGCAGCGAACAUGGAGAUGGUGCUGACGAUGCUGAGAAGCCCAUAAGGCGGCGCCAGAAAGCCGACUCUGAGCUGACGACAGGUAGGGAGGACAAUGGCGGUUGCCUCUUGCCAAGGGCUGGGCAAGGGCUGGCCCUGAGGCCAAAAUCUGGGAGUCGACCAGACGGGAACGGCAGCCAGCUAGAUCUCUCGGCCACGUGGGUGCCCUCGUACGGGGAUGGGCUGCACACCGUGAAGAAAUCAUCGAGCACCCCGGAGUUCCAAGACUCAGACAGCAUCAGCAUCGCCUCGGAAUGGCUGAAGAGCAAGUGGAACCUGAAGCCGGACGCGUUCACCCUCACGCUUCCUCCUCUCCCGCUCUUGGACAGCAUACCCAAGCCUCUCCUCGACAACAUUCCCAACUCCAUCGCUGCUUGGCGAAACAAGGCGGCCAAAGAUUAGCAAGAGGUAGGUCCAUAGCUUCGUUUCCUAUACUUGUUCCUUCUUCUUCUUCUUGGGUAAUUUAGUUGGAGUGCGGGAAACAAAGGGCCGGCCGGGGCCUGGAGAAGUUGGUUUGCACUGUACCUCCCCCCCAGUCCCCAGCCAAAAAAAGAAGGCACGAACGGCCAGACAUGCUGCUGAAAUGGGAUGAUGGAUACCGUGACACAUUGCUUACACUGUUACACAUACAUGCUGUACUGAAUCUGCUGAGCCAAAGCAGAAGCAGAUGAUUUCAAGCUGGGAGCUAGGACAUGAGCACCCUUUGUGGGGUAUUCUUUUCUUUUUCUUUUUGUUUGUAUGUAUACUUAUAGGAAUGAAGGCAAACACACCUAAGCAGCAUGUGUGAUAUUCCCAUGUGCUAAUAAAGAAAAUGGCUUGUUCAUCCUUA